CUCUGAACUUGUCCCCCAUCGAGUUCAUCUCCAGCUAAACUCGGACUGGCACACAACAUUUUGUAGAUUUCCAGAGAUUAGAUCUGAACAAUCAUCCACUUGGCUUACGAUCAAUAAGUAUUUUCUGUAGCAGUUUAGGUUUCUAAUUAAUUGUCUGUUUCAGCUCAAUGUGUAACAUUAAUCUUGGCUUAAUCGAUAAGCCUGUCAGCCAAGAUCGUUCCUAUGUUGUGAUCUGUUGGGUUCGAUAUACACUUAGAAAUGAACAAUGGGGAUUCUGGUUUUAAAUUUGAAAGGAAACGGCAUAGGAGAGUCAAAUGUUUCGAAUUUGCACUACUCUUUUCUGUUCAUUGUUUUCCCACAAUCCAAGCUGCACAUCGAACCAAAUAAAUAGAAAGAUAACAUUCACCGUUUGUAGGGGCUCGGCCUGAGGACUUUUAAUUAGCUCGUGGCAUGGGAAUUAUGUCCUCCUUCAUGACUUCUAUUCGGUGAAAUGAAGGGGUAACUAAAGAUGCUCCCAGAACAAGCCUCUCAAAUAUGCGUCCGGUUACGUGGAAUAGUGGCCUUGGUCGCUGUCGUGAUAAUGUUAAGAUGCUAAAAGGAUUGAGAUGCCGCCUCUGGAUAAAAAUCUUCAACUUUAUCGCUCAAGCGUGCCGUUCAAUUGCAUUUUCCUCGGGUUUCUCAAUAAGGAUCGAAAUGAUUUGGGACUUUGUGUCUAUCUUGGGAGAUCAGAUGAACCAGCUGUGCAAAGUGUGCGGCGAGCCGGCGGCUGGUUUUCAUUUUGGGGCAUUUACAUGUGAAGGCUGCAAGUCCUUUUUCGGUCGUACCUACAACAACAUCGCGGCGAUAGCAGGAUGCAAGCACAACGGAGACUGUGUGAUCAACAAGAAGAACCGAACGGCCUGCAAGGCGUGCCGGCUGCGCAAGUGCCUCCUGGUGGGGAUGUCCAAGAGUGGUUCCCGCUACGGUCGCAGAUCUAACUGGUUCAAGAUCCACUGCCUGUUGCAGGAGCAGCAGACCACGACGGGCGUCGCAGGAGGGGGAUCAGGCGGCAGUGGGUCAGGUGGCGGAGUGAGCAGUGCGAGUCUGGAGCAACUGGCGCGACUGCAGCAGGCAAGCAAUCAGGCGCGGCAGACCUAUCAGGAUAAGACCAAUCCCUGCAUCAAGUCGGCCACCGCCACAUCGCCCAGGAUCGAGGGAGCGGCUGUAGGCACAGGAGUGGGUGGCGCCGCCUCGCCCUCGUUCCUUCAGGCGGCCAAAUUCCACCACCAUCAUCAUCACCAGCGGCAACUGAAGCUCGAAUCUCGCCUCAGCAACACGCCUAGUGAUUCCGGGGCAUCAUCCGCGGAGGAUCCCAAUGAAGAUGGAGCGACCAGCGUAUUAAGCGGGCAGAUCACCACACCCUCAUCCAUCAACGCCUCCAGCCUACCCAAGAUGGAUCUGCGGCAUCCGAAUUUUCCGGCCACUUCUGAGCCGGAUGCGGAUAUGCAACGGCAGCGCCACCAGGAGCUGCUCGAGAUCUUCCGGAGUCACUCGGAGCCGCUGUACAGCUCCUUUGCCCCAUUUAGCCACCUGCCGCCAGUACUGCUCGCCGCCGGAGUUCCGCAACUGCCCAUCUUCAAGGAUCAGUUCAAGAAUGAGCUGCUGUUUCCAACGGCCAGCAGUCCCGAGCUGGAGGAGCCCAUUGAUUUGUCCUUCAGAUCGCGAGCUGAUCCCGCCAGUCCGCUGGCGCACACCUCCAAUAGUCCCACUUUAAGUGAGCCCGCCGCGGGGAGUCACUGUUUGGGGGAAUCCCCGACCUUCGUCCGAAAGUCCACGCCCCUUGAUCUCACCCUGGUGAGAUCACAAACACUGACAGGCUGAGAUCAUCUCGUGACUGCAGAAUUCGUUCGAGUGCCAAAACAAUUUCGAGUACUUUAGUUCUAAGUGUGUACAGAGUAUUUAAUCAAUCUUUAACAAGUCGAUGGGUUUUAAAAAGAGAUUCGAUUUUCGAUUUGCGAACGUAUUGCAGCGGUUUUCUUGGAAAUAUUUAAUUCAUUUUAAUUUAAAAUUGUCUAUUUCGCUUAAUAUAUAUGAGAUGUAGAACACGUCAGACACAAAGAAUGAGUUUAUGUAGGUGUUAAGUAAACAUACAAAUUAAAUUAUAAAACAACAAAAAUAUAUAAAAAAUCUAACAAAUACCCAUCGACAUAAAAAAUAUAUUCUAUGAAGUAAUAUGAAAUUGAACAGUUUGGUGCCAGUGAAAUUAUGUACAAAUAUCCAUAUUAUAUUUAGUAUUUUAGCUCAAUGACAUUAAAUAAUUUAAAAAUAAUUAGGUUUAUUUGCUUAAUAUAUAUUUAAGUCUGUAGCCCAAUUUACAAAUGAUUUUCAUUUGAUUUCCGAUGUAAAUGUAUUUACAUCUUUAUUGUUUUCU